UAAAUAUAAACAUUGUCCGGCCAUCCAUGGCGAGAAAUUUACGAGAGCCGGAGCAACUUUAUAAAUAGCGGCGCGCUUAUGUCCAGUUCUAGGAUAUAUUUAAAACGACCAACAAAAUUACAAUUACAUCGGCUCUAAAUACUAUUUCGAAUACACAAUCGUCGGAAUGCUAUUUACCACUCUAAUAGUUUCAACACCAUCCGAUGCGGACGAUGACGCUAAUUUUAGAUUCCCGGACGAAAAUGCACAGAAAGAAGUGAAAACACGAAGUACGGUAUUUGUACGCCGCUUUUGUCAUUGGUUAUUUCAUAUUAUCUAUUGUUCCUAUUGGGAUCCAAGCGGACAAAAGUUCAACAUGUUACACGCUUCGUUCGCCCGCGCCUCAACUUUACCAUUUGAAGACUGUUUCCACCGCGUAUGGUCUUUCGGAAAGGAAAAUAUGCGAUGCCAGUUUAUCCAGAAAUGUGCACAGAAAAAAGCCCACGACAACAUCAUCUUAUUCCGCGUAAUUUAAUUGCCACAUUUAUCUCAUUCACCAAUGAUGAAUUGUCAUGUCUUAUUCCAGAUAUAUCAAUUAGUACCAAUAUACUAUAGUAAUUAGUUGACGAGAUCCGGUUUCAGCUGCAUUCUGUAAUCAGGAUCAACUCGAAGUUUUUAGAUAAAUGACAACCCAGAAUGGAAAAUGAACCAGAUGUGCAAUAUUCCUGAAGAAGAUGUUGGAAAGCUUAAUCCCUGUCAAAUCGACAAUCUCCUUGUUGGCUUGCGUAUAUAUAGUCACUCGAUCAAGUCUAUCGCUAUGAUGAAGGCCAAUCAGCUCCCCAAAAUACUGUGUGGCAAUUUUAUCCUGAAAGCAAUAUAAUUGAAACGAUGAUCAAUACAAAAUACAUUAAACUCAAUUACCGGCAAAUAAAUGUAUUUAUGAAUGAUUGUGGCCAAGAACAUUACAUCGCACAGUACCGUUAUCAAAGUGACUAUGACCCAUGGAAGCACUGUAGCAGCAAUGAAUACAACGGUCUUCAUGCAAAGGCUUACUGAAAAAUACAUAAUGAAACAUGAUGAAUUAUUCAAUGUUACAGUAAUAAAUACUUAGAAGUAAAAAUGCGGUUAUCAUCCAGCUGAUGUUUAGAGCAAGCCAAAGGCAUAAAAUGACAGUGAAAUCGUUCAGAUCGUCCCACGACAUCCCCACCAAUGCGUUAUCGACUAAACUUUUAUUGUCGCAAAAAUAAACUGAAAACAUUAACGAAAAUGUUGAAAUUCCUCUCGAAGUUCAGUUUAAGUUGCAAGCUCUUCGUGAUAUCAAUAAUAACAAUUGCUGAAGGGAUUUACCAAAUCGUUCUUAUAACCAAAGCUUCAGUCAAAUAUAAACAUGAAGAUAUGUGUACUCAUAAAUACGAGAAAUUCCAGGAUGCAGUUACGCACUUUGCCUAUUUUUACAGAGUUUCAGAAUGCGGAGACAUUCGACUGAGAUUCUUUUUAGAAAGCAUAUCGAGUCUAAACAAUAAUUUGAGAACGUUUCUGCAGAACGUUACAAAAUUAUCCCAUAACCCGACUAAAAUAGCAAAUUUCACCUACGUAUAUUUUACAAUUGCUACUAUACUAGAUAUGUUCAUGAUAUUAUUCAAUAUACCUAUAUUUACGGCCAGCUUUUGCACCGAGCAAAUAAACCUUUGCAAACAAAUUUUUAUACCCUGGGUGAUUGUUAUGACUGCGAUAAUUACUUUUGAUCUAAUUACGAUUCCUAUUAUUUUUAGGAUAUUGUACGGUAGCCAGUACGCUUCGAGGUGGGUCUUAAUGCUGGGAUUUAGUCAUAAAUACGUUGAGCGUUUCACUUUGAAGCACACCAAGUUCAAUGCGGAGUUAGUGCAUCACCUCACGAAUUUUCCCCAUCGACUUAUGUACAUAUCGUUCAGACACAUCGUCAGUUUACCUUUAUUCAUUUUAUUCAUGUUCAUUAUUUGCAAGGAAUUGCAUUAUCAUUAUAAGCAGAGCAAAAUGCGUAAAAUGAAUCAGAUCACUUCAAACGUAUAGAUCACAGUAUUUCCAUGUUG